GAUGGAGGAGGAAGAAGAGUGGUCGAGGGGGACGGGGGGACCAUGCUUCAAACCGCGGGUGCCAUGUGAAAGGGGGACUCAAGCAUAUCAUUAGGCACACCACUAUCGGCUGCAGACAUCAUUACAGAUAGGUAACCUUCUUUUGAUUAUAUGCUUUCUGCUUUACAUGACACGCUGAAUGAUUAUUGUUAGGAAUCCGAUUGAUCAAACAAUGAUGAAGGCUAAUUACCUGAGACCCACCUUCAUCUCUUUGAUAUGAAAGUGUUGGAAAUAUUUAUUUGAUGAAAUUGAUUUUUUUUUUUAAUAUGAAAAAAAAAAAAAAAAGAAACUAUAAAAGGGCCUCAUUUUGGGUAUGUGGGUGGGUUUGGUGUUUGAUUGUUCCUGAGAGGGGCAACCAUCAGAAGACAGUAUGGGUAAUUUGAAGAAUGUAGUGAUAGCAUUGGUGACCCCUCUUCCCUCCAUACUCUUCUAUCUUUCAUUCCUUAACCACUAUUACCAAAAUGGGAAUAGUACCAGUUCUGCUCUGUGGACAUGGUGCUUACACCAUCCUCUUCUUUUGGCCAACGCCUUCUUCUUCGUCAAUGUCAAUUUGCUCUUCUGGGUAAUUGGUCUUCUGCAGUCUAGCCACUGGAUGAUAGAUUUGUAUUGGACGGUGAUACCAGUAUUGCUUGUUCAUUACUAUGCGACCCAUCCUUUGGCCCAGUAUGACUGGUGGAGGUCCAGGGUUGUGAUCUUGAUGACUUGGGCGUGGAGCAUGCGGCUUUCCCACAACUACUUUAGGCGAGAAAGGUGGCAGUGGGGUGUCAGGGAGGACUGGAGAUUUACAGAUAUGCGCCAUCAGUAUGGCAAGAACUGGUGGUGGGUUUCAUUUUUUGCGAUCUACCUCUCUCAGCAGGUCUUUCUAAUUGGGGUAUGUCUUCCAUUUUAUGCUGUCCAUUCGGUUGAUAAGCCAUGGAAUAUUUGGGAUGUGGUUGCAGUGGCAGUUUGUGUUUGUGGGAUCGUUGUUGCUUAUCAUGCUGACACAGAACUCCACAAUUUUGUAACUAGAAAUGAUAAACUGAAAGGGCUCGGAAUGCCUAUUGUGCCCAAUCUUGACAAGGGCUUGUGGCGCUAUUCUCGCCAUCCAAACUACUUUGGGGAGCAGUUGUGGUGGUGGGGACUAGUCAUCUUUGGAUGGAAUUUGGGACAUGGAUGGACCUUUGUUGGGUCUCUCAUCAAUAGUAUGUGCCUAGCAUAUGUGACCAUUCUUGUGGAGAAUCGAAUGCUGAAACAGGAUUACAGGGCUGAAGCUUACAGGUUGUACCAGAAGACAACAUCAGUGUGGAUACCUUGGUUCAAGUCAUCUCCAGCAGGAGGAAAAGAUAAGAAUACUUGAUGUAUUUCCUCUUGUUUGCAUUUUCUUUAUUUGUCUGCAUCAUCUAUCUAUUUUGCCUUUCUUGGUAUGCUCAGCAAUUUGUGUAAUGUGUAACUUAUUGGUAGAAGUAUGGAUUUUACUUGAGUGCAGCUAUUUAGUUCCUUGUAUGAAAUCGAACAAAUCCUUUCUGCUUUUAUUAUAGACAAGUUCCUUUCUCA